AAAUUGUUUACCCACUAAAUCCUACGGCUCUAAUUAAAGUCUUAAACACAAAUUCCCUCCCUUUGGCCUUUGUUUCCUUCCCCUCUUUUUAUCUUUUCCCUCGUUUUCCUUCAAACCAAACGGAAUCUACGCUAAAUUCUCAGAAAAAGGAGUCCUUUUGUAUUUUUCCUUUAGCAAAGCUUAAAAAAAAACCCAAAAUUCUUUCAUUUUUUAAUAGAAAAGGUUAACUUUGAGUUGUUUUUAUGUGAUGUCGGGUUCUCAAGCUGCGGAUCAGUUGUUGAAGCAAUCCCUGCAGCAGCAGCAGCAGCAAAAUCAACAGUCACUAAAUCGACAGCUACUUUUCUCUAUGGCUCCCGGAGACGAUUUUCACCGGUUUGCUUUAGCUGAGCCUCGUAGCAUCGCCGAUCAAGAAGCCGAAGCCAUGGUCGUUAAGUCUCCUUUAAAGAGGAAGAGUGAUGUAGCAGAUCGAGAAGUCGAGUCUGGUGAGUGGACAUUGCCUCGAGGAUACAAUGAAGUGUCUAGCGGUCUUCCCCAAACACCUGUUUCGGGAAAAGGGGGAAAGGCUCAAAAAACAUCAAGGCUAGCGAAAAGCAGCAAAUUUGGCCCUCAAACUCCUUCAAAUCUUGGUUCUCCUGGCAAUAAUCUCACUCCUGCAGGUCCUUGUCGUUAUGAUAGCUCCUUGGGUAUUGUUUUUGCCCCUGAGUAUUCUUUUUCAGGACUUUUGACAAAGAAGUUCAUAAAUUUGAUUAAACAAGCUGAAGAUGGUAUUCUAGAUUUAAACAAAGCUGCUGGUACCUUAGAGGUGCAAAAGAGGAGGAUAUAUGAUAUAACCAAUGUCCUUGAAGGAAUUGGUCUUAUAGAAAAGAAACUCAAGAACAGAAUUCAGUGGAAGGGGCUUGAUGUCUUGAGGCCAGGGGAGGUUGAUGAGAAUGUUGCUACUUUGCAGGCAGAGGUUGAAAACCUUCAUAAUCAGGAACACAGAUUAGAUACACAAAUAAGAAACAUGCAAGAAAGGUUGAGGGACCUAAGUGAAGACGAAAAUAAUAAGAAGUGGCUUUUUGUUACCGAGGAAGAUAUCAAGAGCUUACCCUGUUUCCAGAACGAAAUGUUGAUUGCCAUUAAAGCUCCGCAUGGAACCACUUUGGACGUCCCUGAUCCUGACGAGCAGGAUGAUGAUUCUCUCCAAAGGAGAUACCGGAUUGUCCUUAGAAGCUCAAUUGGUCCUAUAGAUGUUUACCUUGUCAGUCAAAUUGAGGAGAAAUUUGAAGAGAUACAAGGUGUAGGUCUGCCAUCAAACUUACCGUGUACUUCAGGCUUGGAUGAGAACCCAGCAGCAAGAAUGGUAACGGAGGAGAGCAGAGACGUCGAAACACAGGGCCAAUAUAUUAAUGGAAUGUGCUUAGAUCAUCAUGUCUCACAGGACUUUGUAAGCGGGAUCAUGAAGAUUGUUCCCUCAGAUCUUGAUAAUGAUGCUGAUUAUUGGCUUUUAUCGGAUCCUAGUGUUAGCAUCACUGACAUAUGGCGAACCGAAUCUGGCAUCGAAUUGAACAAUGUUGAUACACUUCAAUACACUGGCAUGGCUGCUGGUAGCACGACACAACCCCAAACACCUCCAUUAAAUGCAGCUGAAGUACUGCCUCCAGGUAAUUCAAUCGGCAGGUAAUGAGUCCUUGGCUUAUAUUUCCCGCUGAGAUCGUUCCUUAUACUUUGAAUUCUUCGAAUAGCGAGUAGGUAGCGCAAUCAUUGUACAGUUAAUACAAAUGAUCUAACAUAGGUAAGGUCAUAAUAUUUUCACUGGCAUAAAUACAUCAUGUGAUGUCAAACAAAUGAUCUGAUGGUACCUUGUUUUUACUGUAUUGUGCUAAAGUUUUUUUUGCAAAUAUUGAAAUUCAAGUUUUA